AUGACGAACUUGAUCGGCAACUUAACGAGCAUCCUCGUAUCCCGCGACCUCUUUCCAACUACUCACUUUUCAACCCCGUCAUGGAAAACACAGCUCUUGUUCGUUGGCCUAUUUGGCUUUCUCUUUGUGAAUGCGAAGAGCUUGCCUCUGGUUCACACCCUGCGCCUGUUGCCUUCUGUCUACCGACUCUUCCGGCCUCGACUCUCCAACAACUCCAGAACGGCUUCCAGAACGGCGGAUAGCAUACAGGAAUCUGCAAUCACCAGCGCCUCCCCCAGCCUGUUCAGAUACGAAGUCGCCAACCACCGGGUCGCCCCGCUCGACCUCGACGUCAACCUGCACAAGUCCAACAGCACGUUCUUCACCGACGCGGACAUCAGCCGCGCGGCCCUGCUCACCAAACUCCUGUCGCCGGCGCUCGCGCGCCUCGGGCCCGCGGAUUUCGUCCUCGCCGCGGUGCAGUCCAGCUUCAAACGACCCGUCGCGCCCUGGCAGGCGUAUCGUGUUUCGUCGAGGAUCCUGGCAUGGGACGAGCGGUCGCUGUACCUCGUGACCUACUUCUCGAAGCCCGACACGGACGGGCUCCUCGCCGAGGUGGACCUGCGGGGCGGUCCGACCGCUGUUCUCGACGAUAAAGUCCUGGGUAAAGGCGUGUUCGCGACGUUGGUCACCAAGUAUGUGUUCAAGGCUGGCCGGACAACUGUGAGGCCGUUGGAUGUCCUUAUGGAGGCUGGUCUGCUUCAUCAUGAGGAGAGACCUGGCCGAGGGGCGGUAUUGGGAAUCUCUGAGAUUCAAGAAGGGGUAGAGCGUGGCCUCAAAUAUGUAAACAGCGGUUUUGUUUGA